AUGUGGGUGUACAGCAUGAGGAGGACCGCGCUGGUUGUGCUGGGGACGAGCCUGCUGCUGCUCUUUAUCACGGUCUGGCUCUCUAUAGGUGAAUCCCCACGUUACAGGCCUGGAAAUAUAACAACCAGGAUUGGAUUAGUAAAGACACAAGUGAAUCACGUAAUUUCUGUGCAAAGUAGCUAUGUUGGGAACAACUCGUUCUGCAGGGAUGUAGAAGACAGACUUUUGUCAGUUUCUUUAAGGAAAAGGUACUCUGAGGAAUUUUACAUCCAGACUGUGAACGAAGUGCAGAACUGCAAGUGGCAUAAAAGACCAGAGGAAUAUGAAAAGUUCAGGUUGUACUUAUCCUCAUGCUGCAAUGCUGUUAAAAACUUUAUUGUGUCCCAAAACAACACCUCCUUGGGAAGUAACAUUACUUAUGAAGUGGAAAAUAAAAAAAGCAUUUUAAUUGCUGAAGACGUUUAUAAAAUGCUCCCUAAGGCUCAGCCAUUCAUAGGAAUCCCAUUCAAGCAUUGUGCUGUGGUCGGAAAUGGGGGAAUUCUGAAAAAUAGCAGCUGUGGAGCUGAAAUUGACCAGUCAGAUUUUGUAUUCAGAUGUAAUCUUCCACCUGUUUGGGGAAAUGUUAGUGUGGAUGUUGGAAAUAAGACCAACCUUGUAACAGUUAAUCCAAGUAUUAUAGCUUUAAAGUAUGGUAAACUAAGUGAGAUGAAAACAACUUUUCUAAAGAACCUUACAAACUAUGGAAAUUCAUUUCUUCUGUUGCCCGCAUUUUCGUACAGCAGCAACACUGCUAUCUCUUUUGAGGUACAUCGUGUACUGAAGAAAUACCAAGCAAAACAGAAAGCUAUAUUCUUUCAUCCAAAUUAUCUUAAAAGUCUAGCACAGUUUUGGAGAGGUAGAGGAGUGAGAGCAUAUCGUCUCUCCACUGGAUUCAUGAUAACCAGCGCAGCCAUCGAGUUGUGUGAAGAUGUAAAAUUAUAUGGAUUCUGGCCUUUCUCCAAGAACUUGGAAGGGAAACCAAUAAGCCAUCAUUACUAUGACAACCAGCUGCCAAAGCCUGGCUUUCAUGCCAUGCCCAAAGAGUUUUAUCAGGUCCUUCAACUACACAACAAAGGUGUACUUAAAUUACAAGUUGGGGAAUGUGUAAAAAGAUGAAAAUAACAUCAAGAAUGUAAACAUCAAUCAUUUAAAACCCUGUCUCGGUUGCUUUUAUAUACUGAAAAAGAAAACUUUUUCUAAAGUAAAAAAAAAAAUGAAAUGAAUUAUAAUUUUCAUUCAGUAUCAAGAAACAGGGAGAACAAAUAAUAUCUAAUGAUAAAAAGUGGACUGAGAUAUCCUGGGAUCAAAAUGGAGGAACAAAAAUCUAGUAUGAUGUAAGGAUGUGCUUUGAUUACAGCAAGUGAUUUCAAGUGGAUAUUUACUGCUGUUGAGCAAUUAAGAAGCAAGAAGUGUUAUCUUCAGUUGUGCGCUUAUCACUUAAAGCAUGGCACAGAUAACAAAGUUAUUUGAGUUUCUAGCCAUUGACUUUUAUAGUUUUCGUUUAAGGAGUUUAACAUUUUUCAUGAAAGCAGAUGUAUUUAUUUGUCUAUGUUUAAAGGGACAUUGUACUCAAAAUCAAAAUGAACAAACAGCAUUUAUAAAAAUAAAAAAAAUGUUUAGAUUUGAAUUUAAAGAAA